GGAGUUGGUUUUCACUUCCUGCGCUCUCCCUGCCUUUGUCUCCGCUGGACGCAGCUGAAGGCACACCUGAGGGGCCAAGGAGCUGGGGGGGGGGACCAGGGGGACACCCCGCUCCCAGCAUCGGUUUCACCUGAGACCGCCCAGGAAAAGGCUAAGGUCUCGAGGCGGUGAGGAUUGGGGCACCAAGAUGGUCAGAAGGAGUCUGGAUCCACGGUUCGUGCUCUGGGUCUGCUUGGUGCUGGCGGCGGACUUUGGCGAAGGGCAGGAGGAAAAACCCUUUGGUGAAAAGUGCCUGGAGGACUUUAUAGCAGGAAUGCCGGAUUUGGUGCUGGAUAUAGACGCCUCCGUCCAAAAUGGAGCCACCUUCUUGUCGUCCCCAAGGGUCUAUCGGAGCAGGGACUGCAUGAGAGCCUGCUGUAAGGACCCCACUUGUAACCUGGCUCUUGUGGAGCAGGUCCCGGGCACAGAAGAAGACCACAUCCAGGGCUGCUUUCUCCUCAACUGCCUCUACGACCAGGCUUUCGUCUGCAGGUUUGCCAGGAAGAUUGGCUUUCUCAACUUCUUGAGGAAGGACGUGCACGAUUCCUACCUGGCAAUGCAGUCUCACGGAUCUAGUGAUGACCGUCCUCCAAUAGCCCGCACGGGCAUGGACAUGAGGGUACAGCCCGGGGAACCAGUGAUGCUGAGAGGAACAGAGAGCACGGACGACCAAGGGAUCGUCAGCUAUGAAUGGAAACAGAUCCUCGGUGACCCCUCCGUGGAGAUGAAGAAGCACGAAGAAGAUCAGGUGGAAAUCUCCAACCUACAGGCGGGGACUUACGUUUUCCAGCUUACUGUCACGGACACUGCACAACAGCAAGACUUCACCAACAUCACCAUCGUGGUGCUGAAUUCCGAGCAGACUGAAGAGCAUUGUUUGACUCCUAAGAAGGUGGGUUGGUGUCGGGGAUCUUUUCCACGUUGGUUUUACAACCCAACCCUUCAGCAGUGUGAGGAGUUCAUUUUUGGCGGCUGCAAGGCCAACAAGAAUAACUACUUACGAGAAGAGGAGUGUCAACUUGCCUGCAAGAAUGUUAGAGGUUCUGUUGGUGGACGACAACAGCCAGUGUGCAAUGGGAACUGUCAGUCCCCCUUCUUCAGAUGCAAGGAUGGCUGCUGCAUUGAUGCCUACCUGGAGUGUGAUGAAACUCUCGACUGUGCUGACGGAUCAGAUGAAAUGUAUUGUGAGCAAUAUGCUCGUGAGUUCAACAGACUGCAGAAGAUCAAUGUCACACAUAACCGAGGUCACUGCGUGGAAUUGCCUGAUGCUGGCCAGUGCACUGAGAGCAUCCCCCGCUGGUACUACAACCCCUUCUCUGAGAAAUGUGACCCCUUCACCUACGGGGGCUGCGGCGGCAACAACAACAACUUUGAAAAAGAAGAAGAGUGCAUGAAAUCAUGUUCAGGCAUCACAAAAGCAGAUGCCAUUGGCCGGAGAUGGGAAUUGUUUGAGUCCCAAAGUGCUAUGUUAAGUGCCUUUGAGGUGGUGAUUGCCGUGCUCCUCGGGAUCUGCAUCAUGGUGGUCCUGGCAAUCAUCGGCUACUUCUUCCUGAAGAACAGGAAGAAGAACAGCCGCCGCCGCCAGCCGCCCACCGCUACCAACUCAACCCUCUCCACCACAGAGGACACUGAGCAUCUGUUCUACAGCAGUGCCACCAAACCUGUCUGACCCACAGCCUCUCUCUCUCUCCAGCCCAGCACUGGGGCAUUCCCCAAAGCUUCUGGAGUUCUGUUUUCAGACACAGGCCUGUGCCUGAAGGACCCAUUCUCUUUGAAGACAUUUGUAGCAUCAGGCCAAGAUCUAGCCAUGAUUUGGCAUUACUAGUGUUUGUGAUUGUCUUGGCUAAAUGGCUGCUCUGAGAAAGUGAGGAUCUGGGAGCGUUUUGAUGCUCUCUGAUGUCUAUCCCUUCCUAACUUCAAACAGUCCAGUGAAACUCUGAAUUACAUAUUUCUUCCUGCUCAAACCUGGAGCACAACUCCGCUCAACUUACUGAAGGACCCCGGGACUGGAUCUGUGUAGCCUUCACGUUGGUGAAUGGUGAAAGCUCACCAGAGCCAGCAAUUUUUUUGUUUGCAGUGCCACUUUCUUCCACCCAACCUCGUAUUUUCCUCCCUUUCCCCCAGUCCUCUGCAAGGUGGCCCUGCCUCCCAGCAGUCCUGAGAUUCACACAACCGUCCAGACCUGUUCCAAGGGCUCUGUGACACUCUCCAGUGGUUCCUGUUUUCGAGAUGGAAGGAAACAGAAAUGCCUGCUUUAAUCACUAGGCUUUGCUUUUUACCAGAAAAGCACACCUAGAUUUUUUUAUUUUUUUUCUGCCUGGCUGCCACCUUACAGCCUCCCAUGUACAGUACGUGUCCACCAUUUUCUGUCCGAGUUGCCCUGGUUACUUUUCCUGGUUGGUUGAACCCAAAUGCAUUGAGAAAAUAUCUAUUUAUUCCCCGCGUGAAAGAAAAGGAAAUGUCCCUACUUUUCCUGCUGGUGGUGAGGGGAAGGUGGAAGGACUCAGCUCCCUCUCAGUGGGACCUUUGCCGCAGCUUUGAUUUUACUGCGCUCUCCUCUGAGCAUGCAGCCUGACCCGAGUCCCCAGCAUCUCCCAGAGCAUGGGAGUGGGCUGGAUACCACCAGCUUAUGUCCCUGGGCAUCUCUGCUCCUGCUGGUCCAUCCUUCUGACUGCAAGAUGAGCCCAGCCCCAGGAGGUCCAAAGCUCAUCCCUUGCCCCAUGGCGGGGGGUGACAUUCGGCAAGGUCCCGUGUGUUCCCCUGUAGACUGUUCAGAGUGAGGUGCUCCCCAGUUCUGUACUGCCCCACAUCUGUUGUCCAGGCUUGUACCCUCUGGGAGCUGAGGACUUCUUCUGGGGGCAGAAGCUGCUAUUUCUGAAGUGCCUGGUACGUUUUGUCGUCUGUGGGGUUGGCGACAAUCCCCAAACUGGAAGUGCCUGCUGCUCUUGGAAAACUCCUGCUGUGAAGAGAAAGGAAAUCAGUGUGUGUGUGUGUUUGCAUGUGUGCCUGUGUGUAAGGAGCAUAAAUCUAUGUACAGAUUUUAGUUUAUACGCUUGGACCCUUUCAGGGCUGAGGGCAGAGUGGCUCUGGAAGGCUCUGGUGAAGCCAUGCCCAGCUCAUGGCGUGGCUCAGGUCCUCUCAAAGUGCAGCUCCAGGAGAGCUGCCACCCUGGGCCGAUGCCUGGGCUGGAAGGGAAGAAGCCACUGCCCACAGCCUGCUGGCAAUCUGACUGCACGCUUCUCCCCAUCACCACAUCUGCCUCAGUCUCCCUGGGGCUGGUCAGAUUCCUCCACGGCUUUUCGUGAUCUGUCUUGUAUCAUUUCUUCCAUCUCUUUGUUUUUCCCACAGCCCAUCACGGCCUAGACAAUAAACCUAACAUCUUGAUUAUUUUUAUUUUAUUUUUUUCUGUGCGCUCACCCCGAUAAUAGGAGUUGCAAUAAAAAGGAAUUGUUUGUUUUAUCUGA